GCCGCUCCCGAGGCCUGCCGACGCACCGCCACCCCGCCCGGCCAGUCCCGCAGGAGCUUAACAUUUAGCCACCUGGGUGAUUUGGAGGCCACUCUUGGAGGUGAGAGUUUGGAUCAUAUCAAAUGAUGGUCUGUCCAGGACUCUGCUCCCCGCCUUACUGCUGUGAUCUCUCAUCGUCAUCUCUUUCGCUGGGUCCAUAUGGAUGCACCCAGCCCCAGCACUAGUUGGGCCAUGCCUUGGAGACAGACUUGGAAGGGAGCACAUUCACAAACAUAAAUAAAAUACUCCUAGGUGUAUCCCGAUAGGGACAGCAGAAGAAUGGAAGAGGAUCAUAGGAUUGGGAAGUGGAGAGAGGCUAUGAGGUAAUUGCAGAAUUCCCCCCGAAAGAAAGGCCGAACACUGGAGUCUGUAUUGGAAUAGGUGGUGGCCCAAACCCAAUGCUCCAGAGCCCUUGGGUGAAAGUGGUGCGGUUGACUUGUCUGGACCAAGCCGUGGGAGGGACUCCUGGAAGAGAAAGUGCCUGCAGCUGCCACAGCUUCUAGGUUACUCACUAUGUCUUUGGUUAAUGCAACAAAGACAAUCAUUGAUGACGGUUUUCUCCGGGUAGUAUUUGAAGAAGGUAAGAAAUCCACCGACUGUAACAGAAGCCUAGGCUCUGGCGAUUACUCCAGGAUCUGUGACAAUUCGCAUCAAAGCACCAAUUACAGCAGAAGUUUAAGUUCUCAUGAUUACUCAGAAGACUUUCUCUCAGAAUAUUCAGAAGUCUCUGAUAAUGGCAAUGAUUUAAAGCAGUAUGAGAGCAAAGCAAAGGAGAAGAUAAAGAAAACUGUUCACAAAGUCUUCCAACCUAAAGGAGCCAAAGGAACUUCAUCUGAAAAGGUACAGAACUGGAAAAUGCCAUUAUUAAAUCCCCAAGUCAAUAUGAUUAGUAAAAGAAGAGAUGCCUUGACUCACCGCAUAAUGUCAGCAAGAUUACAUAAAAUUAAGGAACUGAAAAAUGAAAUUGCUGACGUCCAGCGAAGACUGGAAGCAACAGUCAUGGAAAACCAGCUGCUGAAACGGCUGCAAUUUAGGCACUUGAAAGCAAUUGGAAAAUAUGAAAAUUCACAAAACAAUUUACCCCAAAUUAUGGCAAAACAUCAAAACGAAGUAAAAAAUCUAAAGUUUCUUCUCCGAAAGUCUCAAGAGAAGGAACAAAAUUUGUCCAGAAAACUUAGAGAAGUUGACUUAGAGUUAUUGAAAACUAAAGACUCCUUGCAGUCCCUGCAGAAACUUUCAGAAAACACAAAUCUUGCCGAACGAGAGGAGCUUACACAAAGGUUGUCCAUCCUUACCGUAAAAAUGGAGACCAAUGAAAAAAGAAUUCAGGGCCUGGAAAAACAGCUGAAGUUAAACAGCAGUGCCUUUAGUCGUCAGUUGGCGGCUGAGAACAGAAAAACUGUAGCAGCCCGGACAGCUACCAGGAAUUUACAAAUGGAAAUAAAAUGCCUUCAACAAAAACUAAAGGAAAAAGAUCGAGAACUUGAUAUAAAAAAUAUAUAUACUAAUCGGAUUCUUCAAAAUUUUCAUGAAAGAGAUGGUCAACUAAAAGAUUCUACAGUAACUAAAUCAGGACAAGCUGACAAGGAAGGUUUUCCAUUAGUACAUCUGACAAAUCAAAAAAAGAAAGAAACGAAGGACAGUGCACCCCUGUCAACUAAGGGGAAAAAGACAACAGAAAGUUGCUCGCAAAAAGAAAAAGCAGUUGAAAUACGCUAUGAAGAAAAACAAAAUCUGGAAAAACAUCCCAUCAAUAAAUCACCCAAACAAGAGGAACUUAAAAGAAUACAAGAACCAGCUGUCUCCUGCAGCCCUGGAAGUGGCAGUUUUCUUAAGCUUGAACCCGCUCCCAGUUACGGUCCUGUGAGGACAAGUAUUCCAGAAGGUGAACAGUCGUCGAGCUCUUGGUCGUGCACCUGGAACGUGGGGCUCAUUGAGGGCAUUCCGAAGGUUCAGGAUGUCCCAGAAUUACCAAAGGGAGACAGACACCCCAGGGCAAUGCAUACGCCCCCGGAGAAGGUUGCAGAGCAAAUAGAGACAAAGGAGGAGCAAGAAGAGAAAGUUGGCUUCUCGGGUGAAGACCUGGAAAAACUGGCAAAAAGAGAGCAGGUUCCACAUGUAAUUACUCCCGAAAAGGAUAGUCAAGAGCAAGAUGUAGCGGGAAAAAAGGAAACGAGCAGCAUUCACCUAAAAGACGCCGGCGAGGUGCCCAGUAAACACAGUCUUAAAAGGAGCAGAAUACCCAUUAAACAAAGAAAAUAUUAUUCAUUCACAGAAGCCAUUGAAAAUCUGCACCAAGGCCUGCCUGCUUCUGGGGUAACAUCAACCACAACCUCCACCCGCAACAGUCGCGGCCCAAAGAAGUCAGACGAGCUGGCCGAGCUGAAGUUAGAAAGUUCAGAGGGUGGCUAUGUGCCUUCGUUUGGCAAAACUUCCAAACCGAAGCAACAACAGAACCCAGAAGAGAAGUGUGGAAACUGUAUUGCCGCAACUUUCAAGGACAGGAAAAGCAGCCUUAUGGAAGAACUCUUUGGGUCAGGCUGUGUCUUCAAAAGCACUCUUUCAAAUCCUGUUAUUCAAGGAUCUAAUAAAGAGAAAAAAACUCUGGGAAACGAAGGUAUGCACAAUCCACAUUCAAGUCAGGCUACCGCCACUCUUAAUUUUGGGGAUUCUAAACUAAAUUCGGUAAAAUCUUUAAAAUCGCCUUCACCUUCAGAAGGAAAAGGAAAAUUAAUGAUUUAAAUAUAAUUACUCUCUCAGAGCA